UCGAGGAUGAGGUACAGUGUAUCAGCAGCAAAAUGAUUCAUGAUAUUGUUUUGCAAAUCGUCGUCUUUCUGGGCGUAUAUUUAACUGCCAGUCGGGGCCAGAACACAGCUUACCAACCAUUAGAGUCAGCAGAGGAGUUCACCAUUGAUGAAAUACAAGAAAGCAUCCACGAUCUACCAUCUCUGUUGGUUAUACGCAUGGGGUUUAAGGGGUCAGUUAGCUUUCGAGAAAGCGAAGACUUCAAGGUGAUCGUCAAAGCUCGGACUAAUUCUAGUCGAGAGCUUAAACAAGUUGUGAAAUAUAGUUUCGCAAGAAUUAGCACCAACGAAACGCCAGAAAGUAUUGCUCUCCUGCAAGUGUGUGAUGACACCCAAUCUGCUCAUUUGAAUGAUGUGACGUCAGAAAUAGGCGUGGUCGUGGGCGUGUCCACGGGAGUGGUCCUGGUGGCAUUGAUACUGUUCUCAGUGUGGUGGCACAGGUAUAAGGCUGAUCAGGGGGAGGACAUCGACUCUGCAUACGAAAUGGAAUUUAUUGAGCCAGAAUACAACAAAACAGGGACUUUCGGAGUGGAGCUUAAGAAAACUCAUUCACCAUACUUGCUUAGAAAAGCUCUUCAGCCCAGCGAUUCUGUGGAUUCAGAUGUAUCCUCUACCACAAGCGACACAGACGCAGGGACAGACACCCAAAAAAGGCGGAAGAAACACGAAACAAAGGCUAAGGCUGACAUAUUGGAUUCUGAAUCGAAUACUUCUCCAAUAAGUGUCAGAUCAGCGCGCCUGAUUUUUGAUAAACCGAACAGAAGUUAUGACCACAACGUCAGGGGCCUCGCGUUGCCGUCCACAGAGUACACAUUACAGGUGAAGGCAGAAGUUUAUACUCCAACCGCGAGGCGGGAACCCAAGGCUCCCUCCCCCUUGGCACUUCACAAGACACACCGACUAAAAACGUCCAAAUCUCCCAGCGAAGAAAAAGAGGAAGAAAAUGAUAAUCUCUGCACUUUGGAUAAAGAUAAUGGAAUCAAAAAUGCAUUGAUAAGCAGAUCAAAGGAUAAAAUGCUGGGAGUUGACAAUCCUGCUAUAAUUAUACAUGAGGUUAAUGGCGAAGCAGACAUUGUGAAUGGCAUCUCUAAGCCUCAAGACACCAAUACCGCUCCUGUAGAUACGCUGGAAAAGAACCCUGGCAUACUGCCCCAUCACUGGAGACAAAAAGAAGAAACAGAACCAAAAUCGCCCGCCGUCUCAGAAAGAGUAGCCAUUUUCAACAAAGGAGCCGAUGUAAAGCAAAAAGGGGGAACGAUAGAUGCUACUGUGGCGGAAGCAAAAACUCAACGAAGAGGAGGAGGUGGGAAAAAGUUUCAUCCUGCCGCAUUAACAAUGUUGACAGUCCUUGGUAUGAUUUUUGCGGAAUCCUUCUCUCAGGUGUAUUUCGACGUUCUGGUGGACGUUAUUAUACAUGUACCAAAAAAUUCAACACUUGGCGCUGCUCACGUCUUUCAGCAACCUGGAAAACCCGUUGAUGUCAAUGCUUCUCGGUUUCCCAAAAUGAAAAUCCAAACUUUUACGGUUCAUAAUCUACACAUGAUCGUCAUUACUGAUCCGCCGUGCCAAGGACUGCAUUGUGACCAUGGUUGCGACUAUGCCACCAACAAGUGCGUGUGUCGUGUUGGUUUUCAGUCUUUCAACGACACAAGCUGCCAAGACAUAGAUGAGUGUUCCAUUGAACAUGUCCCACGGGUUUGUCACAAAAAUGCCAUAUGUACCAACACAUUUGGUUCCUAUUCAUGCGCGUGCGCAGACGGGUUCUACGGUGACGGCAGAGAUUGCAAGAAUUGCAGUAAACCUUGUCUGCCAGGGGAAUUUGAAUACAGCCCUUGUAAUGGUACUUCACCAAAGAUUUGUAAAGCGUGUAUCACAGUUUGUCCGAUGGAGUAUUACCUUUCUACGAACUGCACAGCGACUACGAAUGCCCGUUGUUCUGUCUUUUUUUUUUUAUGCCUGUCGUUAGCCUGCAAACCGAAGUGUGGCAGAGAGGAAUACGAGUCGACUGCAUGUGGCGGGACAACAGACCGCGUUUGUAGAGGUUUAAGUGACCUCGGACAGCCACUGGUCACUUCUAAGAACGUCCUGUUGUACGAAGAUCGCAGAAACGUGGACACUAAGAGUACGGGGAUAUUGAACGCUACAAACGCCUCUAAUCUUAUUGGCACAGAAUAUACCCUAAAUCGAGGUUCAGGUUUAAGUGUUCGUGUUAGGAUCCUGGCUCUGAACGUGUCUCCUGUGUAUACUUCUGUUGACCAUUCCUCUGGCAACGACAACGCCAACAGAGGAACCACAAGUGAAUAUAAAAGUCGAUGCCAAUACCCAAUGCCAUCAGCGUAUAUGUUGAGAGUCUCUAGUUUUCCGGAAGUCACGACUCUCACAAGUUAUCAAAACUGUUCUCAGCAAAUAAUGUCAAAUAAGGUCGCAAACUGCAAAGAUGGAUUUUACCGCACAGCAGAUACUCCAUGUAGGACACAAGAUGGCCGUGUUAUAGGAACAUCGCCCCUUCCGUUCGUGACCCAGGGACUGGCGUGUGCCACCCCAGGAAUGCUGACGAGACUGUUUAAUAAGGACACGGAUUUAAAGGAAUUCCAAGCUGUCAGAGUUGAUUUUGACAAAAGAUGUAAAAAUCUGAACGACCGCUGUGGUCUGUGCACUGAGCAAUGCGCUCACAGCUUCAGCACCGAAAUCAACCCUAGGUGUAGGAUCACGAAGGAUGACGAGAACGGAUUUAGUCCGCGUUUGAGAGACUGCCUUAAGUGCUGCGUUAUACAGAAGUGUUCUGAAUGCAAAACGCAUGCCGAUGAAUGCGCUCCAAAGCGCAUAAGAUGUAGAAAGGGCACGGUUGUGGUAUUCUCUUUGGACCCACUAUUCUCUGAUGACGUCUACUGUCACGUGAAAUCACAGCAGAAUGGCGUAAUAUAUCGUCUGCAGUACGAAGUCCUCAAAAAUGGCAGGCGGCUGCAGCAUGGUACUCAAAUGACGGCAGAAAAUUAUUUCAAGAAGAAAGACUUUGAACACGCAACGGGAAUAGUGAGGCAUGAGUUUUUAGACGUUUACUAUGGAAGUGGGAUCAAGACCCAAGUGACUUUAUUAAAAACCAAUAUCAGAUCAGGAAAGCCAAGGUAUCAGGCCGGAAGAUACAGGGAUUUUGGUAGUAGGGUCCUUGAUUGGACGUCUGGCAUACACGUUGUUCCAAAAGUACCGUUUGGAAUAAACAGUCAAACUUGGGCACAAGAAUCCUGUGAUCUUGACUUGGAGAGCUCGGUAAAUGCGGCGAAGAAAUGCGACCGUUUUUGGGAGGAGACACCGGGUAUACUCGUCCAGUCGGACGACCCGCACCGCCAUUUUAUUUUGAGGAACAAAACCAACCCUCCCUACUUCGGCAUUAAAGUUUCAAGGACCAGGUCUGUUUUGCGUUCUUUCUUUAAGGCAACAUCUAUCAGGAAUGAUCACUCGCUGGUGGCAAGAUUGCUCCGUAACAGCACCUUCUGGGUCGUGAACAUUUCUGGAAUGAUUGAACCAUGCCCAGGGGUAAUAACAGUACUUGUAAAAGAUCCAGUUAUUGGGAACAUGGUCCUCUUCCACUACGACCUGUUCGUCGCCCACCCAAACUGCCAGCAGUACCUGACCGCUUUGUUCUACGGAUCUGAGCUGAGUUUCCUCAAGACCACUAGAUGGCCUCUGAAAUUGUGUUACAUGCUUCUGGUCACCCCUCUGGUCCCUUUGAUAUCCAUAACCUAUAUACUGUUUCCCAAGUCUCGGGUGGCACGCUAUGUAAGGUGUCCUUCCACCAAGUUUCUACUCCACACUAUUUCGCAUUUGGUGUUCCUCAUACUUCUGGCCCAGGCAACGUUCCAAACGUCGGAGAUAUUCAAUGAAGAUAUUAAUGUUAAUAUCGAUAAUGUCAAAUGGAAAUCUUCAUUUCGAGGCGAAAGCAGCAUCAUGACUCCCGUGCAGAUAGUGCUCAUGGGUUGGGUCUUAGGUUUAUUGUGGAUUGAAGUCAAGGAAAUCUACCGAACACCGUUUUGUGAUUAUGCCAAAGAUUAUUACAAUUACAUCAUCUUUAUGAGUCUGUCUUUGUAUAUCGGCUCUUAUGUCUUACGGAUAUUGGCGAUGAGGUGGAUUCUCGCUGCCAAACAAGAAUAUAGUGUCCCUCUCCGGAGUGCCAAGUUGGCUUUGGAAGCAGGGAACGGGGACGAAUUCCAUCGAAUUGCGGCACAGAUAAAAGAGGCUGGGACGAGAGAAAGUUAUUUCAUGGAAGCGUCUCGUUUUCACUGGAAAAUGGACGACCCGGAGAUUGUGGCAGACGCCAUGUUUUCUGUGGCUAAUGUGCUUAGCUUUGCUAGGACCACUUAUAUAAUGCCAGCGUUUGAAGUUUUGGGACCUCUGCAGAUAUCACUGGGGCGUAUGGUUGGAGAUAUAACCCGGUUUCUGGCUUUAUAUUUGCUGGUAUUACUUGCCUUUACGGUCGGUUUGAAUAAUCUCUACUGGUACUAUGGCCAAGUAAAAGCCACUGAUGCCUUCACUGAUUUAAUGGUAACGGUGCAGACUUUGUUUUGGUCAACGUUUGGUCCGAGUAAAUCAGCACCUGAGGUCUCCAAAUUGUCGAAACCAAAAGGUUGCACCGAGGGAGGGGAAGGUGGGGCUGGGUGCCAGUUUUAUGGGAAUACCACCACGGAUGCAAUGGUUGAGUCAAGCACAACCCUCAUCAACUUUGUCGGUGCCACAUUGUACUCUGUCUUUUGCGUCUUCGCCAUUAUCAUCCUUGUGAACAUGCUGAUAGCCAUGAUGAGCCACUCUUUUGAAGCCAUUCAAGAAGCCUGUGAUGUGGAGUGGAAGUUUGCCAGAAGCAAGUUGUGGUUAUCCUAUAUUGCGGACGGCAGUAAUUUAUCAGCUCCUUUUAAUUUACUACCAACGCCCUCAUGUGCUUACCAGAGCUGCAAGUACGUGAAGAAAACGUUCAUGGAUGGACGACGUGACAGCAUCACACUUUUCCGGGCGCAGACCGUCGUACGGGCUCGGAGACAGGCCGUGUGUGAGAAGCUUCACGUGGACACGGUGGACACCAGCUAUGCUGACAUUGCACACAGCUUGGCCAACAGGUAUCUCCUCAAGCUGGGAAGACAAGCCAGGCCAGAAACUAAAGGUGAAAGUCAUGUCAUCCUCGAAACGUCACCCCCGCCCUCGCCAAGUGGCACGCCUACUAUAUUCGAAGGCAAGGAAGAGCUCAACGUGGCAGACCUCAAAGGCGGACCAACUCUGCCGCAAUUCCAUUUGGAACAUGUUGAUGAAGAGGGUGAAGUGCUGAAGCCGACCAUUUGUCGUCCUUUGUUCACGCCGAUGUUGAGGCGUAGCAACCCAGAGAUGAUGGCAGAAGAGCAGGGUCGAAGAAGCUUCUCCCGUAAGAGCAAACGCUCAGUGCGAGUCCACUCUCCCCUGACACCGACAUCGUCAGAAGGUACUUCCGGUCGCAUUGAGGAGAUGUACCGCGUGGUGAAACUACUGGACAUGCGCUUCCAGCACCUCCAAGAAAACACCAGCCAAAUCCAAAAUCUUGUAAAAGAUUUGGCCGCAGUGAAAGCUGAUUUGGAGAAAACAAGAAGCUUGCUUGAAACUCAGCGAAGGCUCACCGUCAACACCAGUGGGACACCGAGAUCUUUUGAGACAAUAUCUACCUUAAAUAUUCUACCCAGCUUCGUGGCAGAAACCGAGGUCCGUACAAAGCCUUUAUCGCCACGACUGGGGUACAUUAAAAAAUCGGUUAAGUUUAAAAAACAAAAGAGUGAUCAAUCUGGACAAAAUUAA